GCACAAGCAGCUGCUUUUUUGUGUUUUUUUUUUUGUUACGUUUGUCUUCUUUUAUUUUUCACUUUAAAUAAUAGAUAAUCGUAGUAAUAAAUGUAGUUCAUACCUUUGGCCAGAAGAGGGCAAGCCUGUCUUCUAAUCUUUAUCUGAGCUGCUAAAUAUAAGGGGAUCUGCUCAUGUCAUUCAAGCUCUGCCCUCCUCCUGGCUCAGUGAAUCAACCUCCAUCUUCUCACCGACACACAAAGCAGAGCUGCUGCUUUGUUGGGUACUCUCUGGAUAUUUUUAAAUGCCCUGGAUGACGUUUCUCUUUCUGGAUGUAUUUAAGAACAGUCUAGAACCUCAUGGGAUUGUAAAAGGACCUGCAUUUCUUGUUAUAAGAAGAAAGAGAUUUAAGUAAUGAACAUCCGAAGCUCAGCAAAGGCUUGGAAAUGGCAAGUGGCGUUUCUCUUUAUAUGUUGUAACUGGGGCUGGGUCUCUGGACAGCUAUAUUAUUCCAUCUAUGAGGAGUUGGAGCCAGGAACAUUUGUAGGGAAUAUAAUACAGGAUCUAGGAAUUAGUGUUUCAGGCACUAAUAAACAGAGAUUGCAUCUAAGACCUGAAAGCAAGAGCAGAUAUUUUGAUGUGGAUCAAGGGAGUGGAGUUCUGACUGUGAAAAAUAAAAUUGACAGAGAAAGCUUGUGUGGAUCCAGCCAUAGCUGCUUCCUGCAUUUGGAGGCUAUAACUGAGAACCCUGUGCAGCUCUUUAGUGUAGAAAUAGAAAUAUUGGAUAUAAAUGAUAAUGCCCCAGCUUUUUCUAACAUUAAUCGUAUUUUGAGGAUAACAGAAUUGGUGACAAUUCCUGGUGUCCGAUUCCCACUAGAAAUUGCACAGGAUCCAGAUAUCGGUAUGAAUAGUGUUACCCAGUAUAGGAUAAAUGCAAACCCAUUCUUUUCUUUGUCUGUAAAAACUCGGAAAGAUGGAAUUCUAAUACCUGAAUUGAUACUGGAAAAAAUAUUAGACAGAGAAGAAAAAAAGGAACAUAAGCUUGAUCUUACAGCUAUAGACAGUGGAGAACCAGCGAGGUCUGGGUCUACUCAGAUAACUAUAAUUGUUUUAGAUAUAAAUGAUAAUGCACCAUUGUUUGAUGAAUCUAUAUAUAGGGUCAAUUUAUUAGAAAAUGCUCCUCCAAAAACAGUCAUCAUAAAAAUGAAUGCUAUAGAUCUUGAUGAAGGAGCAAACUCAGAAAUUGAAUAUUCCUUUGAUGAUCAUACAUCAGAAUCUGCUAAAGCUUUGUUUGAUAUAAACACAAAAACUGGGGAGGUUUUUGUUCAGGGACUUGUGGACUAUGAAGACAGUCAUUUCUGGGAGUUAUCUAUCAGAGCAGUAGACAAAGGAAUACCAGAACUAGAAGGACGCUGUAUUGUUCAAGUGGAAAUACAAGAUGUAAACGAUAACCCACCCAAGAUUAUAUUCACUUCUGCCACAAAUGCUGUCCCUGAAAAUACUGCCCUGGGUACACUGAUUGGAUUUCUGGUUGCACAAGACAAGGAUUCCGGUAAGAAUGGAGAAAUACAAUUAGCGACAUCUCCAAACCUUCCAUUUAAAUUUCGCAAUCUCAAUAAUCGUUACUCACUGGUAACUGAUGGUUGGCUAGAUAGAGAAAAACAUGCUCAAUAUGAAAUCAUUGUAAUGGCAUCUGAUCUCGGUUCUCCUCCUUUGCACACAGAAACUAAAAUAACCCUUAACAUUUCAGAUGUCAAUGAUAAUCCACCAGUAUUUCAUCAGUCAGCUUACAAUGCUUUCAUUAAAGAGAAUAAUAAGGCUGGCAGUUUAUUAUGUACACUGUUUGCCUCGGAUUUAGAUGAAGGGGUUAAUUCAGAAUUAACAUAUUCUAUACUAGAAAGACAGGUAGAUGGUUUCUCCAUAUCAUCUUUUGUGUACAUAAACUCAGAAAGUGGUGAGAUCUUUGCCCAACGUUCCUUUGAUUAUGAGCAAACUCAAGUAUUAAAAAUUACAGUGAAGGUUGAAGAUUCUGGAUCUCCAAGGUUAUCUUCUAAUGCUUCAGUUUUUAUUUUUGUUUUGGAUACAAAUGACAACCACCCAACUGUGCUGUAUCCGGAUAAUUCAGGAGAGCAUAUUCCUCAACAGAAACUUCCAAAAUCAGCAGCAGCUGGUUAUCUGGUCACAAAGGUGUCUGCAGUGGAUGUAGAUUCAGGUCACAAUGCUUGGUUACAUUAUAAGAUUGUUGAUUCCACAAAUCCUCAAUUAUUUAGAAUUUCUGAAGCUAGCGGAGAAAUAAGAACUGUUCAAGGACUAGAAGAAGUGGAUAUUUUAGAACAGAAACUUGUGAUUUCAGUAAGUGAUCAUGGAGAACCUUCUUUGUCAGCUACAGUAACUUUGCUUGUCAACAUAUUAGACAGUGUGAUGAAUGAAAGUCCUAAAUCCCAAGACCUUACAAAUUACAAGAUAACUAAUGACAUGACGUUGUAUCUUAUAAUUUCCUUGGUUGCAAUUAGUUUGGUUUCACUUGUGACUUUUUUCAUUUUGAUUUGGAAAUGUUUAAAACAGGAGAAUGGCAGCAGCAGUUGUGGGGUUUGCCUACCAAACAAAUCACAUUCUAAACAAUAUGUGGAUCAAUAUCAACCAACUCUUUUCUUGAACAAUUGGAACAUUAAAGUACAUGGAGGUUAGAAUGGUUCCACCAGAAGCUCAGGGACCAUGUUAUCCUACAUGUUUUCCUUCAGCAACAGACAAUGACCUUGCAUUCAUGAAACAUCAAAAU